AGCUUAGAUAUAUUUUGAAUUUUCAACAUAUUACAUGGCAUGGAUAUUAAAUAAACAUCUCAGCCGAAAUCAUUUCACUGCUGAAAUAAUUCCUGCAAGGAUCGAAGUGUGUUGUCUCCAGUGCGUGCUAUUUGUUAGAUUUUCUAUUAUAUUUUAUUCUUAUUUUUUUCUUGGUUUUAUUUCUAAGUUUUAAAGUUGUAAAUCUCGUGAGAUUUUCGGUUUGGUGAUCACAUAAAGAUUCUAAGUUUUCCAUUAGCACCUGCGCACUGCCUGCUCCGUCUAGAUUCAGACUUUAUAUGUUUGGGAUUCUUUACAUGUGAAGAAAAAAAUAGUCAGGAUGAAAAGUGUAUUAUUUAUGAUAACUAUCCACCACGCUCUAAAAGGUUCCCUGGGUGCGUUUAGUACUACAAAUGCUACGAACAUACAUGCUGCUGUUUUGGGAGCCUCUUACAAUAAUUAUGUCAGACCUUCUGACGUAACAAACGUCAGCAUCGAAUUCGUCCUCUUUUCCCUCAAUUAUCUGGACAUGAAAAAUCAGGUUAUGUCGACAUCGGGUUGGAUGACUGUUACCUGGGAAGAUUCUCGCUUGACGUGGACACCUGCUACAUACGGGGACAUAGAGUACAUCUACACGAAACAAAACAAGAUAUGGAGACCCGAACUUAUCAUCGACAACUCAGUUGGAGGAAUGGACCCAAUAGGACACGACGAAAUAUUCUUCAAAGUAAAAAACACGGGCGAGGUUCGUUGGGACCCCCCGGGACUUUACGUCACACACUGCGAUAUUGACGUUACUUACUAUCCCUUCGAUUACCAAAUGUGUCUGAUCGAAGUCACGAGUUUCGCCUUCACAACUACCGCACUGAACCUGAUCCAAACCAGGGAGACAGUGAACACGGAGGAUUAUAGGGAAAACGGGGAGUGGAUCUUAUACACCUCUGGGGUGGAGAUGCGAAGUCUGGAAGAAAAUGGAGAGAGUUUCUCCCAGCUAGACUUCAAGAUCGUCUUUAAGCGGCGACCAGGUUACUACCUGACAAACAUCGUGUACCCUGUAAUGUUAAUCUCUCUGUUGACAAACUUAGCAUUCCUACUGCCAGCGGAUUCCGGGGAGAAGAUAUCCUACAUCUUGACCGUUCUUCUAGCAAUAGCAGUUCUACUGACGAUUGUGGGUGACAGUAUGCCCACUACUUCAAAACAUAAUCCUGCAAUAGGUGCAUACAUAUCCAUAAUACUACUGAUGGCGGCCCUGGGUAUAGUAAUUACCGUCUUAAAUCUUCGCCUGUACCUCCGGGCAGACCAGUCAGAGACACCAAAAUGGCUCCAGUACUUAACAUUUACCGUGCUUCUCAAACUAAACUGCAAGAGCAAGAAGGUGGAAGAAGAAAAAAACGAAAACCAGUUGGUGGACGAUUUAGAACUUCACAACAUCAGUAAUGGAAAUAAAUCUCUGAAACGCAUGAUGAACCGCUGUUCUCAAUCUGAAUCCACCGUUCAGAAAGACGAGAGGGACUUUCCAUUUGAUUGCAAAGAAGUGUCCGUUUUUCUUGACGUUUUCUUCUUUUAUUUGUUUAAUAUCAUCACCUUCAUAACAACAAUGAUCUUCUUUAUCGUCAUUGCUGUGUGUGAUGUUCCUCCAAUCUAAGACAGCACUUUAGUCAAAUACACCCAACCGCCUCAGGCGCCUUUAAUUUUUUGAUAAUGGGGGGUGGAAUUGGAGAUACUUAUUACUUGUGUACUAGAUCUACAAUUCCAAAACCGAUGUCUUGUACAGAGUUGAUAAUUACAUUCAUGGAUGUCACAUGUCAGUAGUUAAUGGAUUUAUCAAUUGGAAAGAUCUACCAUUACUACAUGUAUUUUUUGUAUAUUAUUUGUCCUGUACAUGUAAAUGAUACUUGUAUAAACCACCAGGAAGUACAAUUAAAUGUCUAAUCUGAAA